AUCACCGCUACGCACGCUACUCCGCUCGUUCCGCUGGUCACUCUCUCCGGCCGAGACGCCCUCUUACCCCACGACCCGGCCCCCGACAAGCUCCCGACGCCAUGGCAAGCCACCGCGAGGCCGUCCAGAACGACAAGGACUAUGUCGACCCCAACCCCCUUCCCCCCUCCGUGCCACAUGUCGACGAGCUGGGCACCACCUCGGCACCGCUGAAGUCGGCAGCGUUCUUCAUCGGCGACUACUGCCGCGAGGUCAAUGAGGACUUCAUGCUGUGCAAGAACGAGGACCGCGACCCCGCGCACUGCCUGAAGGAGGGCCGCAAGGUCACGCGGUGUGCGCAGGAGAUUGUGGGCAAGAUCCGCGAAUCGUGCUUGGCCGAGUUUGACGCGCACUGGAAGUGCUUGGAGAACAACAACCAGUACCUUCAGGCAUGCCGCAAGCCCGAGAAGGCGCUCAACCUGUGUGUCUUCACCAAGAUUGGCGUCAAGAAGAGCAUCCCGGGCGCGCCUGAGGGCGAGCCACAGGUGUUCGAGAAGAAGUACCCCAUCUUCUCGCGGGUUCAGAAGUAGGCGGAUGCAUCCAAAAUGGCACUAGAG